AUGUGGGCGUACCUCAGCCUGCUCAUCACUCUCUGCCUGCUCCAUGGGGGCGGUGCAGAGAGUGACCGGGGUGGGCCUAGCUGUCAGCUGCCUUCAGCCUGGAAGAUAGGGGAGGUGGAGCCAAUGAAGACGGCGAUGGGCCAUGUAACUGUGGUGGCUCUUUUACAGGCCAGCUGAUUGUUCUGCUUGGUGCAGGCUUCCAGAUUGGACGGCCUGCGCCAGAAGCUGGAGAGUCAGGGUCUGAAGGACGUCGCGUACAUGGUGGUUAACCAGCAGGGGGAGCACGCACAGCGCCUGCACCCCCUGCUGGAACAGAGACUAUCAGAGAACAUCACACUCUACAAACAGGACGAACAACAGCCUGACGUCUGGAAGACACUGUGGGGAGAGAAAGACGACUUUCUCAUUUAUGACAGGUGUGGCCGUCUCACCUACCACAUUUCUCUUCCGUACUCCGUCAUUGGACAAGGCCAUGUUGAGAGUGCCAUCAAAAAUACCUACUGCAAACGCAUAUGUGGCGACUGCACACAAGAGAGCACUGUCACACCAGAGGAGUGCACCGCGAAAGCCGACGCACAGCCUGAAGCAGACGCUACACCAGCUGUAGAGGGACACACUGGUCAUGGACAUCACCAUGGUCAUGGCCACCAUGGGGAUAAUCAGGGUGUUCACCACCGUGGUCAUGAUCACAACCAUGGUCAUCACCAUGGAAACCAUGAUGCUGCUGACCAGCAAGGUGUUAGACAUCAGGGGCAUGAUCAACAUGGUGGGGAGUCACAAAGGCAACAUCAUUUAGAAGUAGACCAGGUGCAGCAAGCAGUGAACGUGCAGCAGAUGUCACAGAAGGUCCAUAGCGCCCUCGAAAGGCCUUGAGUAACAGAUAAUGCUAGGUGAAAGUCAAAGUACAGCUGACAGCGGACAGCAGGCUCUGACAAUGAAGCCUCUCCUAAGUCCAGCUGAUGCUGACACUGACGUAGGCUGUUUGUUGAAGUAGGAAGUGAGCAGCCGGUCGGUCUGUGACACUGUGAUGUGGCGCUGCCCGCCUCCUGACAGUGACGUGGACUGACAGGCGAUGCACCCAAUAUUGUUAGGGAGACCUGACAGUGACGCUCGCCUCCGGCUGACUGACCUCAGCCUCAGCCAGCCCAAAGAGCCUGACCCCCAGGAGUGAGCUGAGCAUGAGAGCAGCUGUAAGCUGGCUCUGAUAUCAGCAUAAUGUUAAUACCAGCCAGAAACACCGGGGCCAAGCGCACUCUUUACCAACAAGUAUUACCCUGGGAGAGGGCAGGGCACUCUCUGACAGCAAGCAUGUGGGAUAGAUGAACAUGAGUCCAACCUCACACCGAUAAAGAUAAAAUAUAGUAGAUAAACACAUCAAGCAAAGCAUGCUUUAGCAGCUUGCUAACUCGUAACAUUUGGCAACAGAUAUGCAAAUAAGAAUAUAAGCCGUGUUUCACCUUUCUCCGCUUGUCUGUCAGAGGGUUGCACUCAUCCUUUCCCAGGAGUGUAUGUGGUUGUCAUGUUCAAAAACGGCCUCCUCCAUUUUGCUCUCUCCAUCCUUUAUGAAACCAGACGCAGAAACUACGCUCUAGUGGCGUCUGUAUGAAAUCAGGCAGGAGAGAGAGGAGAGGGUAGUUCAGGAACAUGAUAAACACUUUAAACAUGUCAAACUUCAGAAUCAAAGGAUGUUUGAGGAAACACAAACAUUUGAUAGAAUGGUUUUGUAGUUAAUGCUACAUUCAUCCUAAAAAACUAUAAGCUAGCAUAAAGAAGAUUGUACCAGUGAUGUGCUUGUCUGUAGCGCAUUCUGUUGAUCAUUGUUUAUGAGCACCUAUAGCGACAGUAACUUCCAUGAAUGAAUUAUUUUAGUUUUUUACCUAAAGUCUGCACGCUUAAACAUAUAUCAGGUGUCUCUUUUACCACACACAUGAACAUUUUAAAUGUUCAGUACAUGGCAUUCCUGUAUAUGUUUCUUUAACAUUUUCUAGACUUGCUUUGUAGGUUGCAAAUUGCACAGAUCUACAAAAGGCUUGCUUAAUAAAAUAAAAGACUCAAAUUGUUUAGAAAAGGGUGGAGGGAAAAUGCGAGUGAAGCAAUGAAUGACUGUUGGAAUACACUCUGUACUUAAUGAUGGUUUCUGGGGAAAGUUAACAGUAACCCUAAAAACCUGAUGCUUGCACAGAUAACUGUAUUGUGUUGAGAGUUGAAUAAAGAUGGUUGAGUUACUUU